AUGGCUCGCGAAGGCCACCGUCGUCGGCAAUACUAUGUUGUGGUCGAGCAGCAUGACAACUCAUUAUCUUGCAAUUGCUCUGGCUUUCGUCAAACUGGGAAGUCAUGCGAACAUAUUGUAGCUGUUCGCUUGGAGAUUCAGUAUGGCACUGUUUACGAGUAUGAAGCUGUUGAAAAACGAGCACUUCGAGGGAAAGGUGCUGCAGGAAAAUCACGAAAUCCAAAGAAGAGCUCGAAAGGCAUCAAGACUGUUCCCCGGCGCAAAGACAGCACGAUUACUAGAGACUAUGAGCGAUUUCUGGCACAGUUGGGUAAGGAAGAAGAUCCAUGGGCAGAGCUGCCCUCGACUAUCCAGGAGGAGCUUGGUGAUGGUAUACUGGUUGAGGACGAGGAUGUCGAUGAGAGCGAUGGAAAUGCAUCAGGAGUCGAUAUCGACGACCCACUCACACGGAUGAGUAGUCAAGUGAGUCCUGGUCGCCCUGCAAGAGUUCAGCCAUUGCAUCCCAGUCGAACAAAGUCUGUCGCCAAUCCAAAGAAGCCCUCCAAGAAAAAGAAUAAGCCUAGUAAAGAAGAGAAGAAGAAGUCCAAAUUCCUAUCUAUACUGUCGACCAUUGGCUCUGUGUUCAGAUUGACUUUCUAA